UGGUAGUUAAUUUAAGUUGUACAUGUGCAGCAAGAUUAGUUGUCCACGCUCGUUAAAAUGUCACAGUUUUACUUGAUUUUUCGACUCAUUCUUGGUCUCUUGUUGUGUUCUUUGGGCUCCAGUAACACAGUUCUUGUCACUGGUGGGGCUGGAUUUAUAGGAUAUCAUGUAUCUCGGAGGCUAGCAGGUCUAAGAUACGAAGUGGUCGUGUUAGACUCAUUUCUAAGUCGAGGAGUGAGUGAUGAUAGCAUCAGGCUAAUGAGGGCAGACCAGUUAAAAAGAAUAGGCAUUAUAGUUCUUAAAGGCAGUGUGUCAGAUCCACAUGUAAUAGAGUAUGUAUUUAAACAUUAUCCUAACAUAAAUGAAGUAGUACAUUGUGCUGGUCAUUCGUCUAUCAAUGAUAACAAUAGAGAUCCAUUGAUGGGAGCUGAAAGCAGCCUCAAAUCAAUGGUAUCUCUAUUGGAUGCACUAGUGAAACACAAAGACGUGAGACUAGUCUACAUGUCUACUUCAGGUGUUUAUGGAAUUCAUAGUGAGUCUCCAUUAUCAACGACUAGAUCAUUCAUUAGACCGAGGGAUAUGCUGGCCACUUUUAUGUUAAGUGUGGAGGAAAUAGUUUCUGGCUAUGUACAAGAGUAUCACUUAAAAUCAGCAGUUGGUCUUAGAUUAUUCACAGUAUAUGGACCAUGGAGCAAUACAGAUAAUAUAAUACACUCCAUGACUCAAUCAAUAGCUAAUGGCAAAACCAGAGACAUAUCGCUUAAUCUUUACUUGAAGCGGGACCUCACUUACAUAGAGGACGUUGUUGAUGGGAUUUUACUUGCUCUUAAAUAUACUCCACCAUUUGGUCAUGAAGUGUUUAACAUUGGGACAGGAGUGGGGACAAAACUAGCUAUGGCUGCUAAUUUGAUAAAAUCUGACCUUAGAGCCAAUUUUCAUAACACACUGGAAGUGAUCAAGAGAUCUCCUAGUGAUGUACCUGAAGAGGAAUAUGCUGAUAUCUCUGCAACUUCUGAAAGCAUUGGAUUCUCUCCCAAAACAAAACUAAGAAAUGGUAUAAGAAAGUUUGUUUUAUGGUGGAAGGAGUAUAAUUCCUAUAAUUACCAUGUUGAAAGAAACCCUGCUGAUGAGUCCAUUACAUCUAAGGCCUUGGAUGAAUCUAUUGCGAGAAGAGGACAUGAGUUUAGAGAAAGAUUAGCUGAUUUAAGGGAGAAGUAUACCUUCUAUGCAGAGUCGCAUAAUAUACCUGUUGCUAAGUUUUACAGACACAAAACUUUCAAGUUUUACCCAGAUGUUGAAGCCCCUGGUACAUUACGUACUGAAAGGAACACCAGUUUUGAACAUAUGAAGGAAGUGUGUGACUAUAUGGAUGAUUGUGUUGGAUUCAACACCAAAGGAGAGAUAAAGACUAUACUACAAACCUCAAAGCCUUGGGCCAAAGGAAGUGGAUUACACAUUGCUAAUAUUGACGUGUGCAAGGCUGGCCUCCAUAACUGCUUUGCACCAAGAAAGUGUGUAUAUAAAGGUCCUGCUGUUUUCUCCUGUGUCUGUGGCGAUGGCUACCAGUCAAUUGAUCAAAACUGCAUUGAAAAAUACUCUGAGCAUCGGACUUCUAAUACGAUAUCAGACCUUAGGCUGAGAGAUAUCCUUUCUGGUCUAAAUCCUCACCAAUUUAUGUUAUCAGAUAGCUCUACUUUCUACUGUCACAAAGGUAGAGACUCACCCAAUGGGGAUCUACUAUAUGUACCUAAUGCUAACAAAGAUCCCAGUAUUCUAACGAAAGCCUGUCGCAUGACGUAUCGCUGUGUCGGUUUCUCGACUAACGGGCUACUGAAGAAAAGUAUGAAAGGAGAAAAUAAAUGGAAAGAAUCUCAGUAUGACCUUUACACUGUUGGAAGUGUAUUAUGAUCUGAUAGAAUGAUAAUCAAAGACUCUUGUAUAAUAAUAGUAAUACCAGGGGCAGGUUACACUUUAGAUGAACUUUC